AUGAUGCAAUUCACACCACCACUACCUCAUCUGCACCAAAUCACACCCUUUCCCAACCCUACCAUGAACAAAAAUCAAAUUCCUAGAACAAGGCCAUCAUGGCCUACAGGGUUCCCAACAUCCAAGGCAUUAAGUAGCUUUGGCGAUGCUAACUGCAUGGAACAGUUACUUGUUCACUGUGCCAACGCCAUAGAAAGCAACGAUGUAACUCUGGCCCAACAAAUCCUUUGGGUCCUCAACAACAUAGCACCCCAAGAUGGUGAUUCCAAUCAGCGCCUAGCUUGUAGCUUCCUUCGAGCACUCACCGCUCGUGCAGCCAAAACUGGAACCUGCAAAAUGCUCGUAGCAGUAGCAGCAGAUACUCAUAACAACCUUACCAUAGACACACACAAAUUCUCACUCAUCGAGCUAGCCAACUUCGUUGACUUAACCCCUUUUCAUCGCUUCGGUUUCACAGCUGCUAACGCAACCAUUCUUGAAGCUACAGAAGGAUUCUCCAUCAUCCACAUAGUGGACUUAAGUUUGACACAUUGCAUGCAGAUUCCAACCUUAAUCGACGCCAUUGCUAGCCGCCACGACGUGCCUCCUUUAAUCAAGCUCACCGUAGCUUCUGCUAGCAGCAGGGACAUACCACCAAAUCUUAACCUUUCUUAUGAUGAACUAGGUGCUAAGUUGGUUAGUUUCGCUAGGUCAAGAAACAUGAUCAUGGAAUUCAGGGUGGUUUCUUCAAGUUAUGAAGAUGGGUUCGCAGCUUUGAUCGAACACUUGAGGGUGCAACAUUUAGUUUACGCUGCAGAACAUCCUCAAACAGAGGCUUUGGUUAUAAACUGUCACAUGAUGCUUCAUUACAUCCCUGAUGAAACCCUUUCUUCUAAUUAUUAUGUUUCUGUCACUUCAACUUCUUCCCUGCGAUCUUUGUUCCUUAAAGCCCUGAGGAGUUUAGACCCAACGGUUGUCGUUUUGGUAGAUGAAGAUGCAGAUUUAACAUCUAAUAACUUGGUUUCUAGAUUAAGGUCUGCGUUUAAUUAUCUAUGGAUACCUUACGACACUGUGGACACGUUCCUCCCACGAGGGAGUGAACAAAGGCAGUGGUAUGAAGCACACAUUAGCUGGAAGAUUGAGAAUGUAAUAGCACAUGAAGGGCUUCAGAGGGUUGAAAGGGUUGAGCCUAAAAGCAGGUGGGAACAGAGAAUGAGAAAUGCAAACUUUAAUGGGAUUCCAUUCAGUGAGGACAGUGUUGCGGAGGUGAAGGCUAUGCUGGAUGAACAUGCUGCUGGUUGGGGAUUUAAGAAGGAAGAUGAACAUAUUGUGCUCACAUGGAAAGGGCACAAUGUUGUCUUUGCCUCUGCUUGGUUUUCUGCUUGA